AUGCGUACCUACGACGACGCUUUCUCCGGCCAGAAGAUCUACCCUGGCAAGGGUAAGAUCUACGUCCGCGGAGACUCCAAGAUCUUCCGCUUCCAGAACGGCAAGUCCGAGUCGCUCUUCCUUCAGCGCAAGAACCCCCGCCGGAUCGCUUGGACUGUCCUGUACCGUCGCCAGCACAAGAAGGGUAUCUCUGAGGAGGUUGCCAAGAAGCGCACUCGCCGUGUCGUGAAGGCUCAGCGCGCCAUCGUUGGUGCCUCCCUCGAUGUGAUCAAGGAGCGCCGCGCUCAGCGCCCCGAGGCCCGUGAGGCCGCCCGCAAGCAGGCCAUCACCGAGGCCAAGGAGAAGAAGGCUGCCUCCGCCGCCGCCAAGAAGGCUGAGAAGGCCAAGAACGCUGCUUCGAAGGGUGGUGCUCAGCGCAUCCAGAGCAAGCAGGGCGCCAAGGGCUCUGCCCCCAAGGUCGCCGCCAAGUCCCGCUAA